AUGUCGGCGCAAUCAAACCAUUCGACUGGCGCGCUCCACAGCGACAACGAUAUCGUUCACCCACAUGAUGCAGUAGACUACUCGGCUGGACACUCACGUUCGCCAGAGAGUACAGUCGUGGGCGAAUUCGACAACAUCCCGGCAAUGGGGAAGAAACCUCGGACUUUACCAGCAUGGAUCCGUUCGGUCGAGUAUACGGAGGACGAGGCAGAUGCAGCUGUCACAGAUCGGCUGCUUCCAUCACAGCCCGGAGAAGCCGUUGUCGCCCAGCACAACCAUUCGCCGUAUGCGGCAUCAAGACCUACCCUUUCGAGUGGACAGGGCGAAAGUAGCAGAGGUAUCAUCGGACGAGAGCGCGAGUCGCGCUGGAAGAACUUUUCCAGGGACAUCGCAUAUCCCCGAGAACAAGGAGUUCAAGAGAAACCCGUCACGCCGGACUGGUUGAAUGAGAACCUCGGUGAUUAUUCUGAACCCUGGCGAGGUCAGGGCGAACCGGAUGAAGAUACCGAAGACCCCUUGAGGAUGAGACGACGACGAGAAAUCUGGUUCAAGCGCUUCCACAACACGCUUCUCAAGAGUCCUAUGGUCCCAUUAAUCUUUCGACUUACGGUGUGGUGUUUUUCCCUCACUGCAUUGGCUCUUGGGGGCUCUAUCCAGCAUCUCUCAGGGAAGUACCAGCAUCCCCAAGGCCCCUCUGCGCUAAUGGCAAUUAUCGUCGAUGCGGUUGCCUUGGUCUACCUCGUUUACAUUACAUUUGACGAAUACACAUCCAAGCCGUUGGGUCUUCGCUCUCCAUCCGCCAAGGCACGACUCAUUCUUCUGGAUAUCUUUUUCAUUGUAUUCGACUCCGCCAAUCUCAGUUUGGCGUUCGAAUCACUCUCGACUGUGAGGGGCGCAUGUACAAUGGCUGAAGUGAACCAAGAAGUUGCGCCGAAAAACGACGCAAUAUGCGACCGGCAGAUCGCCCUAGCUUGUGUGCUGCUGAUUGCGCUGCUAGCCUGGCUCACCACCUUUUCUAUCAGUGUCCUCAGGUACGAGAGUCUGCCAUGUUACACAGAUGACGAUACUGACAGCUUCGAUUUAGACUUGUCGAACGAGUUGCUUCAUGAAGUUGCAGCUCUACAACGUGCAGCACCGGCCCAUCCUGCCCACACAAGGGGUCGCUGUGGAACCAACUCAAGGCAUGGAUAUUCCGGGAAACCUUGUCUUCCUCCCUUGAGUCACCAUAGCACAUGUCCCAUUGUUUCUGGGGCGGAUAAGCGCCAACCAUCUGGAAAGGGUCACCCUGCGUUCGGGGUUCGCUUCCCCACCGAAGCAAAGCCGUGCACGGCCGGAAACCACACCCAGUACCUCGUGAGUGGUGCUGUGGAAGUGCGUUUGACUGUACAUGGAAUAGACCCACUGUGGUCUGACCUCGCCAAUUUCCUCCAGGUGCGUCGCGAGAUCGCUAGCGGACGCGUUAAAAGCUUUGUGGUAGAGCAGGAGUGGCUUAGACUGGAUCGAGGUGUUGGGGAUGCCACCCCAUUUGGGGAUCUGACGAGAGGCCUCAAGAUCAGUUCGUCCGUAAUGAGUAUAUGUGACGUCAUUGGUACUGCUUUGCCCCCUGCGAGGGACGAAGAAUGCAUGACAGUUAGCAUUUCGUCACGCAAUGAGCUGAUUGUCUCGCAUUCAAACGUUCAGAUCAACGCUGACUGUGUGACAGAUGGACAUCUUUCGGCGGUGGUCAGGGGUGUUGGGAUUGCAUCUGGGGGAGAUCUUGGGGAAAGAUAUAGAGCUGGACGAGCCCAGAAUGUAACACGAUGCUGA